AUGGACACCCACUCCAUCAAUAGAGAAGAGAACCGGAGGCACAUGAGGAACGGCGAGCUCUACUGGGCCUUUACCCCAGAUCUCAUUGCGGACCGGAAACGAUGCAAGGCGGCAUGCGGCAAGCUCAACUCCGCCGGUGAUGUGAGCCGCCGCACACUUGUCGGCCUCUGGAAAGAUUGUGACUUCUUGGGCACUUGGCGGACCCCUGUCUUUGUCAUUGAGGAAUUUGAUGGCCCUGUCCUGGAGAGUAUGGACCUAACUCGGAAUACCAGCAUCAACGGCGACACGGUCCCUCUUCCUCCAAUGCGUGCCCGCCGGGACGAGGACAGUGCCCUGCUCGAGAACUACCCGUGGAUUGAAACCCCCAUAAAGAUGGAUUACGGCUACAACGUAAAGUUCGUACACCCCCUUGUCCCUCACACACAGUCAAGUGGAGGGCUUCGUGGUGUCACCGUCUCUAACCAUAACACAGGCUCGGCGAAAACGUGUACAUCGGCUCCAACAGCACGUGGGUAG